CCAAUAUUUGCCCCUCGAGUUGAAAGUUCAGAUAUUGUGCUGUUUUGGAAAGGACGAGGAAAUAGAAUGUUAAUCCUGGAAAUUGAUCGAUAGCUUGCUGCUUUCGCAUCUUCACCCGCACUCACCCAAUUCAGAAUGAGGCUCUUUGGAUCGGGUUGAACGGUCAAGAUGGAGAAGCCAUUCAACUGGUCUUCCGAGCUGGCUGGACUACCCGGCCUUCCAGAUUCCAAUCAUCUCGUCACUCCUCAAACUGUAACGAUUCAAGAUAUCCGUGAACGAAGUCCCGGGAAUCUUGAUACUCAUGGCUUCGCUUUCUCAAAUCAGCCACGUCCUUAAAACCUGAACAUUUCAAUAACGAAGAUAUAGUCGAGGCAAGCUAUUAUUCGGAAAUUGAGAAUUUGCUGUGGAAAGAGCGUGCAGAUCUUACAGCAAUCGCGGUUCUUGGUCACCAGCUCGGUCAGCUUUCAGAUCGGAUGUUUGUGAACGACUACUUACGUGCCUCAAGGUUCGAAAGCGCAGCGCGAAGUUUCCGCACGAGAAAGGUGACUUAGUUCCCACUACCCAGCCACAAACACUAGCCCAUGACGGUCUCACUUUACAAGGAGCGAAGUCUCGUCUGGAGACGUAUUUCAAAGACGACCCGAGGCUAGAGAUGAGGCCAUGGGAGAUUUUGAAGUAACCUUUGUACCAUUUUCAAGGCACAAAGCAAGUAACUAACAGGUCGCUCAACAGCAUCUGGCGCGUGCUGAAGGGUCCCAGUGACGACUGGACAUUAGCUUUAUGCGACUACCGCAGCGUAGACGUGGAGCAUGACACUGUGGCGAAUGAUAUAGUCGUUGCGCAUGGUUCUGGUUCAGUUGAGAAUUCUCUGCUUUACUACGAUCAAAGACACGAAUGGUUUUACAAGAGUGAUAUGGAAGUCGAUGAUAUUAUCAUGUUCCGACAGACAGACUCUAGCGGAGCCAUGCCCAGUGAGACACAGCGCAGAGCUACCUUUGUUUUUAAACUAUUGAUACUUGCAACAGGAGCUUGGCACGCAUCUUUCAACCAUCCAUCAACAAGUACAAGCCCGUUUGUGCCACGAGAAAGUAUUGGAGUUUAAGUAGUAGUCUUCACAUGAUCCAGUCUCUCAGAUUAUAAUAUAUCAUACAACUUUUUACAAUAUUCAACUCGAUAUUAUAUUACAAUAAUAUAUCCCCGACAACCUCGCACCCCUUCGUUUUAUAUCUAAAUUUAAUUUACCCCACCUCAGGAUUCGUAGCUCCUCCUCGGACGCAUAUACGCAUCGCGAUGACUACAUAAAAACAUCGAGAUGCCCCUGGAA